CAGAGAGAGAGAGAGAGAGAGAGAGAGAGAAGAGGAGAGGAGAGGAGAGUUGGGGAAGGUACAGGGUGGUAUGAGAGAUACACUUCACACAACUCCGCCAGAAAAAAACAACACCCCUAUUCUUCGCUGCAAUUUUUGUGGUAGUCUCCUUGUAUUUUGUUGGGGGGGUUUGAAUUGACAUCUGAUGAGCCGUUUAGGGUUGAAAUCGGUGGUCUACCAUGGGGAUUCCUGUUUGGGAGAGUUGGAAGCUAUCCCAGUCAAGGACAACCAGGAUUUCCAGUUCCCGAAUAAUGAGAUUCGAAUCCACCACAUAUCCCCACUCAGCGAACGCUGCCCUCCUCUUUCAAUCCUCCAAACGAUUUCCUCAUUUUCAGUCCGAUGCAAGCUCGAAUCCACGUCCCCGGUUGAACAGUCUCACUUGAUCAAUCUUCACGCCUCUUGUUUCCAUGAAUUCAAGACGGCAGUGGUGUUGCUUGGAGAGGAAGAGCUUCACUUGGUGGCGAUGCCUAGUAAGGAGAAGAAGUUUCCCUGCUUUUGGUGCUAUGCGGUUCCGUCUGGUUUGUAUACUGCUUGUCUGGGGAUGUUGAAUUUACGGUGCCUUGCUAUUGUGUUUGAUCUUGAUGAAACACUCAUUGUUGCCAAUACAAUGAAGUCCUUUGAGGAUAGAAUUGAGGCUUUGAGCAGUUGGAUUGAACGAGAAGCAGAUUCUAUUCGUGUCUCUGGUAUGACAGCGGAGCUGAAACGUUACGUGGAUGACCGAGCGUUGUUGAAGCAGUACAUAGAAACUGAUUGUGUUGUGGAUAAUGGCAAGAUGUUCAAGGUUCAAUUGGAGGAGGUUCCUCUUUUGUCGGAUAGUCAUGAGCCAGUUGUUCGACCAGUUAUAAGAUUACCAGAAAGGAACACAGUCCUUACUCGCGUUAACCCUGAGAUCCGUGAUACUAGUGUGCUGGUUAGAUUAAGACCUGCUUGGGAGGAUUUGAGAAGUUAUUUAACGGCAAAAGGGCGGAAGAGGUUUGAAGUUUAUGUUUGUACAAUGGCUGAAAGAGAUUAUGCGCUAGAGAUGUGGAGAUUGCUGGACCCAGAAGCACAUCUGAUAAGUUCAAAGCAGUUAUUGGACCGAGUCGUAUGUGUGAAAUCAGGUGCACGGAAAUCUUUGCUUAAUGUCUUCCAAGAUGGCAAUUGCCAUCCAAAGAUGGCAAUGGUGAUUGAUGACCGCCUGAAAGUUUGGGAAGACAAGGAUCAACCUCGAGUUCAUGUAGUACCUGCAUUUACUCCUUAUUAUGCUCCUCAGGCAGAGACAGCAAAUGCCGUUCCAGUCCUCUGUGUGGCUAGAAACGUUGCGUGCAAUGUUAGAGGUUGCUUUUUCAAAGAGUAUGAUGAGAACUUACUAAGAAGAAUCUGCGAACUAUUCUAUGAAGAUGAGGUGUCAAAUUUACCUUCUCCACCUGAUGUGAGCAACUACUUGAUGUCAGAGGAUGCUAGUUUUGUGCCAAAUGGGAAUAAUGCUCCCAUUGCUGAGGGGAUGAAUGGUCCUGAAGUUGCCCCAAGAUUGAGCCAAUUGGAUGAGAAGUAUGGAGCAGAUUCGGCUACUCAUCCUGCAACAAAUAGUCCAGAGCCUAGACCUGAAGUUCCACAUGUGGCAAGCGUGCCAAAUGUUUUUGGUCCAACCUCUUUCAGAGCAGUCAUACCUUCAGACAAACCGAGUUUGCUUGGAGCUCCCUUUAGACGAGACAGCAGCUCUUCUGAAUUUGAUGAGGUUAAAAGAAGAUUUCUCAUUGUGAACCCCUCCCAAGAUUUGCGUUAUCAAGGCUCCAGCGAGCCUCCUUUGUUGUCCAGAUCACCUGCAUCCCCCAUAGAGCCACAGGGAGGCUGGCUAGUUGAAGAAGAUAUGAAUAGAGUACAGUUAAAUAACCGGAAGUCAGGGACUGUUCAAGAGUCUGGUGCAUUGAAAACUGAUAAACAUCGAUCUCGUCAGAAUGUACGGUUUCAUGGUACACUAGGUUCUGCUUCUGUACGAUUACCAUCACAGGUAUCUGAAGUGCGGGGCGAAGAGGGAUAUCCAGAUCGUGAACAACAGAGGCACAAUCCUUCGUCUAUUCCUCUAUCUGGUUAUCUGGCAAUGGGUGCAGAGAUUGGCGUGAGUGAGAAUUCGUUGUCUAAUGGUAGAGAGUUUCAAACCGAUGGAGGGAGAGUGAACUUUGUUCCAUCUUUAUCUGUAGGAGUGCUGCAAGAAAUUGGAAGAAGAUGCAGCUCAAAGGUUGAGUUCAGGUCUGUUAUAAGCACCAGUAAAGAUUUCCAGUUCUCUUUUGAGGUCCUGUUCACUGGUGAGAAAAUUGGUGCUGGAAUGGGCAGGACAAGAAAGGAUGCCCAGCAACAGGCUGCAGAGAAUGCUCUUCGUUGCUUGGCUGAAAAGUACAUAUCAUAUGUUGCUCCUCGUUCUGGAGCUGUUGACAGGGAUUUUGAUAAGCUAACUCGUGGAGUUGAAAACGGAUUUAUUUGGGAUACCAUUAAUCCUGGUUCAGAUGAACUGCCGGUGGAAGAUGGGUUGUCCAAAGAAAGCACAUCUGAGGUUGCUGAAGGGGCACUUGGCAAUGCUUCAAACGGGGGAAACCAGCUAGUGCGAAAGCAUUCUAAUUCUCCCAGGUCAUCUGUGUCCAUUCCAAGUAAACGGUUGAAGGAAGAACUAAUGCAAGGUUCACAAGGUUUAUCAUCCUCACGGCAGCCAAAGAAUGAGCAUGCUGUUGAAUCAUGACAAUAUCAAGGGAAAAGGGUGAAUUUGACUAAAGGUUUUGAGAUUAUGAGCUCCACGUGAAGUUUACCUCAGGUAAGAGUCAUCUUUCUCCUUGGGUGAACUUGGAGGUGUCCUCUUGCUCAGGUGAAUAAUCUUGUUGUAAUUUGAUUUGAUCUCUCUUUUUGAAUGGUGGGCUGUUUUUUAGUGACGCCCUUCUCUUUUUUUCUUUCUUUUAUCUUAGGUCAUUGUGAGGGUAUAGGGUGUCUGGUGGUCUUUUAACAUUCAUUUACCAAACACUGUAGAGAUGACUUGUACAAUUUCUCGCCCAUAUAAAUAUGAAAUUCAGUUUUGUAUUAACUGUUGUGCUUUCCCUUGUAAAUUGUCAGUAUGUUUGUUCUUAAUGGAAAUUGUUUCAUCAA